AUGAAUGCUUCAAGCAAGAGAACCAGCCAGGAGGAGGGUUACUCUGGUCAUCGGAACGUAAAAAAAUUUGUUCAUGAAAAGGAAGGCAAAAAAGAAGGGGAAGAAGUAGUCAUGUCAUUGAAUAAAGAAAAAGAGGAGGGAAAUAAAGGCAAGACAUUCGCAAAUAUAACAUUGUGUUUGAUGGGAAUGUCAUCCGUGCUUCUAUACAACUGCGUCUUAAACACUACCCCUCAUAUACACGAAUUGCUUAAUAGAAAUAUCGUAGUAUCAUCCACUUUUUUUUUAUAUUUUUCAGUCCUAGUUUUCAUAUCAUUAAUAAGUUCAUUAUUCAUUGAAGUAAAAACAAGAACAUACGACAUAUGUUUUGUAAUUUCAUUUAUACUCCAACUUUUAUAUCCAUUGGUUGUAAAAUACUAUUAUGAUAAAACAGUUAUAUUUUAUUUGUUAAUUGGAUUCAUAGGAGCAACAUGUUCUAUGAUGAAAACGAUGAUUUUUUCAAUCGCAUCUAUUGUAUUGAAUAGUUCCAAAGUAAUUUGUUUAUCAUAUGGUUUAACCGGAAUAUACUCCCUUUUCAUUACAUCUACCUUUUUCUAUUUUUUAGUUAAAAUUGACAAAGAUGUAAAUAAACUUAUGCAGUCUAUACUUGUUACUUCUUUAAUUAAUUGCACAUUCAUUUUUGUAUCCUUCGUUUGUUAUUGCAUCUUAAAGAGCACUGAUGAUUUUAAGCGAAAUUUCAAAAAGUACAAUGACGAAAAAGAAGAGAAACGCAGAACCAGCAGCAUUUCAAUACUUACCUCAGAGAAUGGAGCAACCUCAAAGGGACCAUCUUUUUCAAUAGAAGUUGCAGAUUUUCCCACUAGGGAUAGUCAAAACGGAAGGCAAAAUCAGAACUCAACUGAAAUUUCUUCCAAUUACUCAAAUGAAAAUAGGGCCAAUAACACAACUGAAAAUGUGGCUAACAACACCACUAGAGAAAACUUAACUGCUAGCAGCACGCCGAUGAGCAAGAGAAAGAAUAAUUAUGAAACAGAGAAUGUUAUUUCAAUUAAAGCAGAGAAUGAUAAUAACACCCAAGUGAAGGGAAAAAGAAAUAAAAGCCAUUUUUUCCGAAAUUUUUUUUUAUUCAACGUGGAUAGAAAAAAUAUAAUGAAGCAAGCCAGAAUAAAAGCAUUUUUAUAUAAAAAGUCUCUAAUAUUUCUAUUUUGCACCUUUUACAAUAUUUUUUUGAAGAUUGCUGUUUUUCCUGUAGUCUGUCCUGAAAUGUGGACUAAAAACGUUGAUGAACGAUAUAUACUAAUUGGUAUGGUGCAGCUAGCCGAUUGUAUAAGUAGAAUAUUCCCAACAUUUGCUGAGGCAAUUCCAAUUUUUAAAAUAUUUCUCCUACCACAAAGAAGGGUAUUAAUAUAUUCUCUCGCAAGAACAUUUUUGUCUCUCCUAUGCUUGCUAAUCCCAUUGACAGACAUGCCCUUACUUCAAAAUUUUGCUUUCAAGUGUGUUCUUAUUUUUUCAAAUAUUUAUCUAAAUGGUUGGUUUGUCGUCUUGUCCUUUAUUAACAUUUCAGACGUCUUAAAGCCUCUCAAUUCCAUGAGCAAUGUAGCUAUGGUGAGUAGUUUCGGGUCCACGUUGCUCCGAGUUGGGCUUCUCACUGGCUAUGGUGCCUCAACUAUUUACAAGUACUUCGUUACCGCCGCUAAUAAAUAA